AUGGUGUCCACAACAAGAGGAACUCUCUCGAGAGCCGCGGCGGAGAAGGCGGAAGGAAAGAAACCGGUGACAGAGGAAGGCUCAGGCAGUAGGAAAAGCGGAUCCGGGAUUGCCACUACCUCUUCGAGAAUGCAGCUUGCGAGGCUGAUGAUGAACCCUCUGCCUGCAUACCAGAAGGAAACCAUCGAGUUCCUCUCCACUCUCCGAGUUAACUUCUACGAGCCUGACGAGAUCGUGCCUGAGGGUCAUGGAAGUGGAAGGUUCUCCUUCCGAAUCAACAAGAGGAAGUACCGGAUGAGUUUCAAGGAGCUGGAGGAUGUGUUUCAUUUUGAACACAAAGAUGGGCGAGAAACAGAGCCUGGAACGCCACAAGCAGAGCUUCAAGCCUUCUGGGCAAUGAUCGGAGUUGGCGAGUACAUGCUAGCACUGCCAAGAGCACACACAUCAGGAACCCCGUGCUCCGAUACGUCCACAAGGCCCUCGCUCACACCAUCUAUGGAACAGCGUGGCGACGUAUCUUCUCAAGAGCUUCCUCAGCUACAGGGAGUAUGCUCUCUCUCUCAACAAAGUGCACAAGGCAAGCAGUGGUCAGCUGAGUUGUGGAGGACUCAUAACGCCGAUCCUCAUGAACUGGGAAUCACGCUUGAGAAGCCGGUUGAUCCUCAGGCGAUAAACAUCCAGUAUCUCCGCAAGAGCACCUACCUUCGCGGUCAACCCAUCAGCGGACGCCACAACUAUCAGUUCGCCUAUAGGCAGUUUGAACCGGGCUGGCGAGUUUCUUCCUGCCAAACCACCCUUGACCUACAUCACGCUGGCGAAGGUGAGAGCUCAGGCGACGAGGAGAACCUCAUGGACUACAAAACCGGAGAGUUCCACUUCAAGAACCACGAGAUCAAAGGGAGGAAGUCAGCGGCUAACACCGCACUUGAGAGCAUCAACACGCUAAAAGCCUGGAACCAGUUCCAGGACAAAGCGAUCAAGUCCCUCCUCAAGACCGUGAAGAAGAUGGGGAAGCGCAUCAAGCAGCUGACCAAGGGCAAGAGCAAGUCUCCCAGCCACGACUCCGACAACACUCCUCCGAUACACCUCGGUUCCUAUCAUGACGACGACGUAGUCGAGGACUCCGAAGAAGGUGAUGAAGGCUCCUCCAAAUUCCAAACGGCAGAGACCUCAACCAGGAAGAGGAAGGCCUCGAAGUCACCUCAAGCGAGCACCAAAGGGUGA